AUGGCCGAACCCACCGACACGUCGCGAGACACCACCGCCCCCGUCCGCGAAGACCCCUCGCGCGCGAAUCCGCCUAAGUCCCCGCCGACGCAUUCGCCGCACCCGCUCCAGGCCGCCGCCGUCAUCACGUCCCUUGAAUCCCGCCUCGCAGAAUCGGAAGCCCUGCGCCGCGACUCGGAGACACGCAUCCGCAAAUUGGAGCAGAUGGUGGAACGAUUGAUGAGAGAAUCCACCGCACCUGCUGGGGCGCAGGUCGGGGAGGCUCUGCCGGUGAGACCGGUCCCCCUGGACGUCCCCCCGCACACAUUUUUGGGACGCCCGGGAGCUGCCGCUGACCCCCUUGCUCGUACCCCUGGGGGGGAAUCUCACAGCGGAAUUAGGGACGGCCCUUCCUCGGCGGUGAUUAGCUCUCGUUGGAGAGGGACAUUGCCGGACCGGGAAGGGUUAUGGACCGGAGAUCAUCCGGAAAGGUUGGUGAUUUUCACUGCGUUUGGGGAGUCGUAUCUUUCUCUCUUGUGCGACAUCUCCACCUCCGACCUUUUCGACACGAGCCGAGUGAUCCAGCUUGUGGCGACGCUAUUUUUUCGUACGACAACCCGACAGCGCCGCCAAUCCCCGCUCGAUUGGGCCGUCGAGGCGAUGAGGGACGCGCUUGGAGAAGGGCACCCUCAUUGUUGGACGUCGCUCAUGAAGGCAGUGGGACGUCGUUGGCCCGACCCCGGGUUCGCCGAUAGAGUGGCUCAAGACUUCCACGGAUGUCGCCAGUCGUCGUCUCGGGCUUACGACCAUGUCGGGGAGUGGCGGGCGCGGUACCGUGCCUUCGUGCACGACAACGAUAGUUUCACCCUGUCGCCGCUUCAGCUCGCCACGACCUUCUACCAAUCGCUCAGUGACUCCUCCAAGCGGGAAGUGCGGGCGGGAAUGUUACGUGAAUACCACGACAACUCGCUGGUGACAAUUGGGCGAUUCGGACUGAAGGUCCCGUCCAUCGACGAGAUUACCGAGUGGGCCGCUAUCGCCGACGACAUUUCUCCUCCGCCUUCGGUUCCGACCCCACCAAGCCGCACCGCGACCUAUGGCGCGAUCGUCAAAGCUCCCCGAGUGAGCCCACCUGCGACCAACACGCCCACCGUCGACGAGAGGUUCCCGAUCCGACGAGCUCGAUGGGUCGACCGCGCUACUAAGUGGCAGCAAUCGCACUUGUGGAAGGACCGCUCCACCUGGUUUUCCCCGGCGCCCAGCGGGGUACCCACCAGCAUGGCUUGCUUCAACUGCGGACGAGGCGGUCAUUUCUCGCAGCACUGCACCGCGGAGCGUCAAUCCCCGGUCGCCGUCCAACUCUCAGCGGUCGCUGUGGCCGACUUGGAUGUCGAAGAUUGGUCCUCGGUCGCAGGUGGUGACGAGGAUCCCGAGGUGAGAGUCCCCAUUUCACUCGAGCGUGUUCAGACUCGACCUUUGAGUUCCGUUUCCGCUUCAAUGACGCGCCCUUCUUGCCCUCCCGCAGACCCCGUUGGCCGAAUGAAAGAAGGGGCUUCUUCUUCAGUCGACGUCGAAGUCUCAUCAAGUAAUCCGCAGCCAACCGCGCCGGCAAGUGAUGCAGAUCUACGUCGUCUUGCCGAUGACUCGACCGACUCUGCGUUUGACGCGGUGGAAGACGUCCCCUCUUAUGCUGAUGCCGCGUCGCGAAUGCGGCGAUACUGGGGGCCGGAGGUGGUGUCGUCGCGCAAAGCGGAGAGGACUGCAUCGGUGAGCUCUGUUCGUGUACCGGUGCCGUUGGGGGUUUCUCUCUUGGAGUCCGACACGCCCCUGAUCGACGUCGACGACUUCGCCCGACCCGCCGAGCCCGCGAUUGUGCGCGCCCGCAAUAUUAUUGCGUGGACGUUGCCGUCUGGGCGAACGCUGCGUUGCCUCGUCGACUCUGGUUCGGAAGUGGACUUGGUGGAUCAGGAUGUCGUGCGAACAGACCCGAGUUUCACGACGUCCCGCCUUACCGCGCCGCUGCACUUGCGCCUCGGCACUCGCGACAAAUCUGACCGCUGCGCCGUGUUUGCCAACGCCCUCUUCACGUCCGGUUCCCUCGACCUCGGCUUGCGGGCGUUUUUCAUUUGCCGUGUGACGGCAUAUGAUGCUAUCCUGGGUUUGCCGUUUCUGAAGGACACCGGCAUGCUGGUAGGCUGGGGCGUCUUCACCGUCGCACGGCCGUGUUGAACUUCGCUCCAUCUCACUUCUAGGACAAUAUGCGCUCACUGAAGUAGAGGUGCCUCGCCUUUUGGUGCAGUGGUAUAUUGUUCCUUCAUAGGUUAUGAGCCCAGAGCAACCAGCAGGUCAUGAGUUCAAUCCCCCCUGGGGUCAGGCAAUUUUGCGCGCAUACACUCAGCGUCCCGGCCCCCGCACUUGCCCAGCGGCGUGCCAAGCACCCUGGCGCAUCGACAGUGCUCACAGUGCCCAAGCUGCACUUGCCCAAGCGACCUGAUCAACAUGCCCAGUUGCCUCACAGCCGCACCCACUGCCACAAGCUCUUCAGCUUCGCGCACAGGGGGGUGUUGAACUUCGCUCCAUCUCACUUCUAGGACAAUAUGCGCUCACUGAAGUAGAGGUGCCUCGCCUUUUGGUGCAGUGGUAUAUUGUUCCUUCAUAGGCCGGGCCCUUCGCAGCCGGUCGCCAAGGGCACUCACGAGUGGGAUCGCGCAGUCACGGUGGCGCCCAUCUGCUCCGGCUCUGCCAUUGGCUACGAUCACCCAGGGUUGCUUCCUGACGACGAGAUCAUUGGCCUCGAGCCGCACAACCCUCUACUGGAUGUCGUCGACGACCCGGCGCUCGAGGAUUUGUCUGAGUCCGAAGCACGAACACGAUUGGCUGCCUUACUCGAGAAAUACUCUGAUGUGUUCGUAGAUUCGCUCCCAAUGGACCGACUCCCGCCUUAUCGACCCGUCAAUCACGAAAUCCCUUUGAUCGACCCCAACGAGAAGGUCAAGCCGAGGGUCUAUCCCCUUGCCGACAAAUAUCGUAGCCAGUGGGCGGAGCAUUCAGCUAAGUACACUCGCGGUCGCUUCUGGGUUUCUGGUCCGAUCGACUCUGCGGCUCCGGUCUUCGCCAUUCCGAAAAAGAACUCCCAGACCGCUCGCUUUGUGAUCGACCUCCGCGCUCGCAACAGCAACACCGCCAAGCGUUUUUCACCUAUCCCCGACAUGACCAGUGUUCGCUACGAAGUGGCACGUUCGCGCUACCGGUCCAAAUUCGACGUGGCCGCAGCGUUUGAGCAGGUGCGGGUCAUACCCGAGCACGUCGAUCGCACCGGCUUCGCCACGGUCACGGGCACGUACACGUCGCGGGUGAUGCAGUUUGGGGACACCAAUGCGCCCAACACCCUGAACUUGUUGACAUCGGCGAUGUUUCAGCCGUGCCUCUCGUUUGCCAAGAUCUUUUUCGACGAUGUUCACGUCCAUUCCGAUACUCGUCGCGCGCACUUAAGACACAUCGAGAUUUUGCUGAUGACACUGCGACAUUAUCGGUUCUACUUAGGAUCCAACAAAUCCGAGUGGUUCUCAAAGUCGUUAGAUUCCUUGGGCGCGAUCAUCUCCGACGACGGCAUCGAGGUCGACCCGGCCAAGUGGGAGCGUAUCCGACAGUGGCCGACUCCACACAACAAGACCGACGUUCAGCGUUUCCUCGGCACCGUGAAUUGGAUGCGAGAUCACCUGCCCCACCUCUCGAUCACCUUGGAGCCCAUCACCGCAUUAUUAGCGCAAUCGACGUCGUGGCGUUGGAACGAGCGCGAGCAGCAGGCCUUCGACACCGUCAAGUCCCUCGUGCCAGCAACACUGCGACCGAUCGACGGCGCUAAGGUCACCUCCGGCGAGCACAAAAUCUACUUGUUCACCGAUGCCAGUCGUGUUGGCAUUGGCGCUUGCCUGGCCUCGGGCCCCACUCGUUCGCAGGCCAUUCCUACGCGAUUCUUCUCCGCUAAGUUCAAUGGCGCUCAGCUCAAUUAUCACGUCACUGAUAAGGAGUUCUUAGCCGUCGUUUCGGCGUGUCGGGCGUUCGAGCAGCACUUGAUCGGUUACCCCUUCGUCAUCGUCACCGACCACCAAGCCCUUCGCACGAUUAAAACGCAGAAGUUACGCCAAACACCCCGGCACAUCCGCAUGUGUCUCGAACUCAGCCGUUUCGACUUCGAAUUCGAAUUCAUUGCGGGCAAGAACAACUCCCUUGCCGAUUCGUUGUCACGCUUGUGGGAAGUCAAGGAGGGAUCGCCCGAGGAUCAGGUCAAGGAGAAUGAGUUGGAGGAUAUGUUCUUUGAUGGAGAACGCCACGGAUUCACUACACACGGUGAGAGCCUCCCUGAGGAACGUCCUUACACCUCACCAUCUCCCGAUCGGUUGCCUCCUGUUGAUUUUGCCUUCGGGCCCCAACGCGACGAUUGCGAGGCAGGCUCUCCCGGAUACUACGCGCUCAAGGACGAAUCGCAAGACGAGGACGUGAAUGGACGGGAUUUAGGGAAUUUGUUCUUGAAGGAAGAAUGCCACGAGUUCACUACACCUGGUGAGAGCCUCCCUGAGGAACGUCCUUACACCUCACCUUCGCACGAUCGGUUGCCCCCUGUUGAUUGUGCCUUCGGGCCCUGGGAUCACGGCUACGACGCAGGCUCUCCCGGUUCCCAUCGUCUGGCCGAGAACAUUAUGGACGCCGUCGACUCUUCUACCGGUCCCCUUUCUCCUCCCAUCGCCGUCAAUCGAGUUCAUGCUAUCGCCGCGGCCCCCGCCAACGACGCGCCCAUUCCAGUCGAUGCCGAUGCCGAUGAACUCGACUUACUGGGAGCCGCCGCCGAUGAGGUCAACGACGCCCCUGUAGUCCAUCGACCGCCCGACCCGCUGCCGCAACCUUUCCUCGACGCCGUCAUCCGAGCCUACGCCCACGAUUCGCAAGCCCAAGUCAUUGUUGACGACCCGCUGUCAUGGCCGAUGUUUCGGGUGACCGAGGAAGGGAGGAUCUUGCGUGUACAUCCAGAUGAGUCUCUUUCCCUGUUUGUGCCUCGCGGUCUCGCUACCGGCGUUGUCGACUCCGACAAGCUCCCAUCGCUGCGCGAGCUCGUGCUUUCGGAGAUCCAUCGGAGCGUCGGGCACGCGGGACAUCGCAUCACCUUGGCCGCCAUACGUCCUUUGUAUUGGUGGUCGUCCAUGUCUGCCGAUUGCGCCAAGUUCUGCCAUUCAUGCGAAGAUUGUGCCCGAGGCAAAGCGUCCACUCAAGUCCCUUAUGGCCGACUGCAUCCGAUGCCGAUCCCUUCUGGCCCAUGGGAACAAGUGGCCAUCGACUUCAUGACGGGACUGCCUCCGGUCGAGUUCGAAGGGAUGAUGGUCGCUCAAAUCAUGGUGGUCACUGACACUUGGGGCAAGAUGGUCCACCUGAUUCCCCUCCCAGCCGACGCCGACUCCGAGCUCGUUGCCGACAGGUACUACGCCACCAUCUUUCGACUGCAUGGGACGCCUUCCGCCAUCGUUUCCGAUCGCGAUCCCAAGUUCACCUCGCAGUUUUGGCGAGCAUUGCAGGCGAAGGUCGGCACCGUCUUGCGGAUGUCAACAGCGGCGCACCCAGAGACCGACGGAUCGAGUGAGAACCGAAUCAAGAUGGUCACCCAAACCCUGCGCAUCAUGGUGUCGUCAAACCACGAGGCUUGGGCAUCUCGUCUUGUUGAAGCUGAGUUCGCUCUUAACUCUUCCGUUGCUGUUUCCACGUCUCUGUCGGCUUUCGAGGCGACUUACGGUUACCUUCCUCGACGCUGGCCCACCGAUUCCUGGUCUGUCUCGGACGUCCCGCGUGCGGAAGCGUUUGCCCGAAUCCGACAGUUACGGAAUCUCGACGUCACGGAUGCGAUCAUUGGUGCACGCCUCGAUCAGACUCACCAGGCCAACAAGCAUCGACGCCCGGAUGAUCCCGCCUUUCGGACCGGCAGUUAUGUCUAUCUUUCGACCAAGAACCUGGCAGUUCCUGAAGGGAUGAAGUCGAAGUUGUUGCCGCGCUACAUUGGUCCUUUCCGUAUCCGAGCGGCCAUUCCAGCGACGUCCAGUUACGACCUCGAGCUUGUUGAACUUCGCUCCAUCUCACUUCUAGGACAAUAUGCGCUCACUGAAGUAGAGGUGCCUCGCCUUUUGGUGCAGUGGUAUAUUGUUCUUUCAUAGGUUAUGAGCCCAGAGCAACCAGCAGGUCAUGAGUUCAAUCCCCCCUGGGGUCAGGCAAUUUUGCGCGCAUACACUCAGCGUCCCGGCCCCCGCACUUGCCCAGCGGCGUGCCAAGCACCCUGGCGCAUCGACAGUGCUCACAGUGCCCAAGCUGCACUUGCCCAAGCGACCUGAUCAACAUGCCCAGUUGCCUCACAGCCGCACCCACUGCCACAAGCUCUUCAGCUUCGCGCACAGGGGGGUGUUGAACUUCGCUCCAUCUCACUUCUAGGACAAUAUGCGCUCACUGAAGUAGAGGUGCCUCGCCUUUUGGUGCAGUGGUAUAUUGUUCCUUCAUAGAGCUUCCCCCAGCAAUGUCGCGAGUGCACAGUCGCUUCCAUGCUCGACUGCUUCGCCCCUAUGUUGAGAACGAUGCUGAGAGGUUCCCUGGGCGUGACCCCGCAGUUCUUUUUGUUGAAGAUGUAGCCGACGCGGCCGACAACUCCGCCAUUCCGGAACGGAUUGUUCGCGAUCGUCGGAACGCUCGGGGCAAUCGUUCGUUCUUGGUUCGAUGGAUUGGCCGUAAGGACAUCGAUGACACUUGGAUGUCAGAGCAGUCCCUCCGCUUCGACCAUCCAUCCCUACUCGACGCCUACCUGGCACAACUCGAUCGCUCAAAUCGCCGCCUGUCCUCCCGGUAGACUUCCUUCUGGGGGGGACAAUGUCAGGCAAACAGCGAUACACUGACAGCAACACUCGAAGGAAGUCCCUGAGGUAAUGUGCAGGUAGAGUUGAGGUCACCAAAUGCUUCCCUCCAUUCAAGCAUUGUGGGCGUGAUGGCGUAGUCGUUCGGCGCGCGGGCGCGCACUUAAUGGUCGCGGGUUCAAGGCGCGCAGAGCGCAAUCUUCUCUCGGUUUUUGUUCUUUUUGUUAGCUGAGGCGCGGCCUCAGGGUUUUUACCGGUGCUCCCGCGAGCAAUCCUUUUUCCCCCUGAGGCGACCUCUUGGAGUAGCUGAAUUGGCUAAGUCCCCUCUGCGCCUGAGUGCCUCCCUUUUGUUUUUAGCACCUUCCCACUCAGCCUGGUCCGCUACAUCUCCCAAGAUCCCUUCACCUUCAUCCUUCGUUUUGGAUCUCGUUGGCAAUAAAGUCCGAUAUACUUGACUUGCUGCGAGCCUCACAACCGCGUCCCCUCCUCGGUUGUCCCUCGGUCGCCUGCCCCCGCCCAGUCGACCUUCCUUCGGCCUGAUCCCCUCCUCCGCGUGUAGUCAACGUCUUCUGAAGAGGACGUUGCCUGCCACCCAGAAUUGGUCGCAGGCGGUCAAGUCAGGUAAAGAGGAGAUCUGGCGGCAAGCAGCAGCCGGCGAGUUUCACUCCCUUGCCACCGAGUACAAAUGCUUCACCCCUGUUGACUCCUCCUCACUGCCCCCUGGCGCCAAAGUCCUCGGAUCCAGGUUCAUCUUCCGCACCAAACGCGACCAACUUGGCAAGAUCACUUCGCACAAGGGCCGGCUCGUUGCACAGGGAUUCUCCCAGCACCCAGGUAUCGAUUACGACGAGACUUUUGCCCCUGUUGCCAAGUUCACCUCCAUCCGAGCUCUCAUCGCCCUGGCCGCCGCCAAGAAACUCCACGUCCAUCAGGCCGACGUUUAUGAGACGAUCACCACUACUGUCAGGAGAGGUUGAGAGUCAAACAGAAGUGAUGAGAAGGAAGCUAAGAGACAGAAAGGGGGGCCACGCUGGGAUAGGCCCAGGCGCGUGACAAUGUACAUCCCUAAGUCACCCGCGGGUGAAAUUGCCGGCGCGCCUAAGUCCCCACCGCCGGGGGGCGGGCUAGCAAGUGCGCGCAACGACCGAGGCGCCCCUGUCGAGCUGAGAGUGGACUCUUCACAACGUUGACAAGGCGUACCUCCACGGCGAGCUGAAGGAAGACCUCUACAUGCGCGUCCCACAAGGUGUUGACAUGCCCGGUAAAGUCCUCAAGCUCCAUCGAUCAAUCUACGGCCUCAAGCAGGCCGGCCGAGUCUGGAACGAGCACAUUGACUUGACGCUGAAAAGCCUCCACUACCGCGCCACAGCCAAGGACCACUGCGUGUACGUACGACGCGACGGCGACCACUACCACUACAUCGCCCUCUACGUCGACGAAUUGCUGAUGGUCAGCCCCUCGGAGGACGAGAUUGAGCGCAUCCUCAACGGCCUGGAGCAAAAAUACGGCAUCAAGCGACUUGGCCCAGCCCAGUACAUCUUGGGGAUCCAGAUCAAGCGACAGGCCGACAAGUCCAUCAUCCUGUCGCAAGAGGCGUACAUCACGAGCAUCCUCCGCAGAUUUGGCAUGUCAGACAGCAGCCCCGCCUCCACGCCCAUGGCCCCGAACCGACAGCUCGAACAUUCGCUCGCGGAAACAUCCAAAACUGCUAGGACACGCUACAUGCAGGCUAUUGGAUGCCUCCUGUACGCCGCCACCGGUACUCGCCCGGACAUUUCCUACGCUGUCGGAUACCUCGCACGCUUCUCUGCCAGUCCCACACCCGAACACUGGACGGCCAUCAAGACCGUAUUUCGGUACUUACGUGGAACCGCACGUCUAGGCCUGCACUACAGCUCUGAACAAGGCAAGUUCUCAGGCUUCACCGGUUACUCUGAUGCAGACUGGGGAACCUGCACCACAUCGUCACGGUCGACCAUGGGGUACAGCUUCCACCUGGCCGGAUCUGUCAUCUCUUGGUCCUCCAAAGUGCAAAACCGUGUGGCCGACUCCACCACAGACGCCGAGUACCUCGCCCUCUCACACGCCUCCAAGGAAGCUGGUCACCUCCAAGAACUGCUUAUGGAACUGGGCAUCGACACACGAGCUCCCGUCCAGCUGUACGGCGACAACCAAGGUGCUAUUGCUCUCGCCAAGAACCCCACCCUUCACCACCGGUCCCAUCACAUUCGCAUUCGUGAGCACUUUGUACGCGACCAGGUCAGGCUGGGCACCAUCCAAGUCGACUAUGUGGACACGAAAACCAUGGUCGCCGACAUCUUCACCAAGGCACUUGGACCCUUGGUGUUCAAGGUACAUCGUGACAACCUGGGUCUUCGAGGCUAAGUAAGCUUCGAGCGCGGGGGGGUGUUGAAUUCCAUACACUCUUGCUUAGGUCGAUCUCCAGCCCGCGCCCAGCCUAGCCAGCCGCGCGCCGCUCGGACCCCUUUUGGACUUGGAGAUAUUUCGCGCACUCGCACCGCGAGCCUCUUUAGUCUUCCCCCUAACGCUCCAAACUACUUCCUAACACUCGUACUGUGUCUCGUGUACUCACUGGUUACCGAUCCAGUCCCCUCUCGAGACACACGACUUAACAGUUGUCGCGUCUGUGGGAGGUCAAGGAGGGAUCGCACGAGGAUCAGGUCAAGGAGAAUGAGUUGGAGGACAUGUUCUUUGAUGGAGAACGCCACGAAUUCACUACACCCGGUGAGAGCCUCCCUGAGGAACAUCCUUGCACUUCACCAUCUCCCGAUCGGUUGCCUCCUGUUGAUUUUGCCCUCGGGCCCCAACACGACGAUUGCGAGGCAGGCUCUCCCGGAUACUACGCGCUCAAGGAGGAAUCGCAAGACGAGGACGUGAAUGGACAGGAAUUAGGGAAUUUGUUCUUGAAGGAAGAAUGCCACGAGUUCAUUACGCCCGGUGAGAGCCUCCUCGAGGAAUGUCCUUACACCUCACCUUCGCACGAUCGGUUGCCCCCUGUUGAUUGCGCCUUCGGGCCCUGGGGUCACGGUUACGACACAGGCUCUCCCGGUUCCCCUCAUCUGGCCGAGAACAUUAUGGACGCCGUCGAUUCGUCUAUCGGCCGCCUCUCUCCUCCCAUCGCUGUCAAUCGAGUUCACGCUAUCGCUGCGGCCCCCGCCAACGACCCGCCCAUUCCGGUCGAUGCCGACGCCGACGAACUCGAUUUGUUGGGAGUUGCCACCGAUGACGUCAACGACACCCCUGUAGUCCAUCGGCCGCCUGAUCCACUGCCCCAACCCUUCCUCGACACCGUCAUCCGAGCAUACGCCAACGAUUCGCAAGCCCAGGUCAUCAUUACCGACCCGCUAUCAUGGCCUAUGUUUCGGGUGACCGAGGAAGGGAGGAUUUUGCGUGUACAUCCAGAUGAGUCUAUUUCCUUGUUUGUGCCUCGUGGUCUCGCUACCGGCGUCGUCAACUCCGACAAGGUCCCAUCGCUGCGCGAGCUCGUGCUUUCGGAGAUUCAUCGGAGUGUCGGGCAUGCAGGACAUCGCAUCACCUUGGCCGCCAUCCGUCCUUUGUACUGGUGGUCGUCCAUGUCUGCCGAUUGCGCCGAGUUCUGCCGUUCAUGUGAAGACUGUACCCGAGGCAAGGCGUCCACUCAAGUCCCCUAUGGCCGACUGCAUCCGAUGCCGAUCCCUUCUGGUCCUUGGGAACAAGUGGCCAUCGACUUCAUGACAGGACUGCCUCCGGUCGAGCUCGAAGGGAUGAUGGUUGCUCAAAUAAUGGUGGUCACUGACACUUGGGGCAAGAUGAUCCACCUGAUUCCCCUCCCAGCCGAUGCCGACUCGGAGCUCGUUGCCGAGAAGUACUACGCCACCGUCUUCCGACUGCAUGGGAUGCCUUCCGCCAUCGUUUCCGACCGUGAUCCCAAGUUCACCUCGCAGUUUUGGCGGGCAUUGCAGGCAAAGAUUGGCACCGUCUUGCGAAUGUCAACCGCGGCACACCCGGAGACGGACGGAUCGAGCGAGAAUCGGAUCAAGAUGGUCACCCAAACCCUGCGGAUCAUGGUCUCGUCAAACCACGAGGCUUGGGCAUCUCGUCUUGUUGAAGCUGAGUUCGCUCUUAACUCUUCUGUUGCUGUGUCCACGUCGCUGUCGGCUUUUGAGGCAACCUACGGCUACCUUCCUCGACGCUGGCCCUCGGAUUCCUGGUCUGUCUCGGACGUCCCUUGUGCGGAAGUGUUUGCUCGGAUCCGACAAUUACGGAACCUCGACGUGACGGAUGCGAUCAUUGGAGCACGCCUCAACCAGUCUCAUCAGGCCAACAAGCAUCGACGCCCAGACGACCCCGCCUUUCGGACCGGCAGUUACGUCUAUCUUUCGACAAAGAACCUGGCAGUUCCUGACGGCAUGAAGUCGAAGUUGUUGCCGCGCUACAUCGGCCCCUUCCGUAUCCGAGCGGCCAUCCCUGCGACGUCCAGCUACGACCUCGAGCUCCCUCCAGCGAUGUCGCGAGUGCACAAUCGUUUCCAUGCUCGACUGCUUCGGCCUUGCAUUGAGAAUGAUGCUGAAAGGUUUCCUGGGCGUGACCCCGCAGUUCUUUUUGUCGAAGACGUAGCCGACGCGGCCGACAAUUCUGCGAUUCCGGAACGGAUUGUAGUGUCGUGUACUCGGCGUCCUUGA